AUGACCAGGCCGGUCCUUCUCCUGCACCUCACCAAGCCCGGCGUCCCAGACAACCAAACCAAAUGGAUCAAAACCGGCAUUGAAUUCUACAAGGGCAAGCCGUACAUCGCAACUGUCGGGUGCGACAUCUGGGCAGACUGGUCUUUGACGCCGUCGUCGGGGGAGGGCGAGAGGCCCACGGCUACCAUGGAGGCGAGGCGCGAGCGCGACGAUUUGGGUAAGAGUCUUUGGGUGUAUGCAAUUGAAAAGGCUGCGAACGGGACGGAGGAGAGGAGGCCUUUGAGAGAGGUCAACUGGUUCUUUGCAGAGGAGGAGGGCUGGGAGGUUGGUGUUGGAGGGUAUGUUGCUAGGCCGACGAAGGAGGGGGGCGAGGAGCUGCUGGAGGCAGAGUUUGGGGCGGGGUUGGAGAUUGAGAUACUGAAGGCUUAG